AAAAAGUUAACAAAAUAUCUAAUACGGAACCCUAAACAUUACUAUAUUAUAAAAACGGUUUCACGUGAAUUAAUUCAUUAGCAGUGGUUGACAUAAUGGCGAAGUUGGCGAGUGUUUUAUUCUUGGUAGCAGCGGUAGCCUGCACCAACGCUACUCCCAACCGCAUCGUGGGAGGAAAUCCAACCACGAUUGAGAACUACCCCAGCAUCGUUCAGAUUGAGAGCCGCACCGGCAUCAUCUGGGGACAAUCAUGUGCUGCCAGCAUCCUUAACACCAGAUUCGUCGUGUCUGCUGCGCACUGCUUCUCUGGAAUUUUUAACACGCGCAACCGUCGUAUCAGAGCCGGCACCACAAACCGCGGUUCUGGUGGCACCGUGGUCUCCAUCAACCGCAUCGUCAACCACCCCAGUUAUGGCAGAAACCAGAUGGAUGGUGACAUCAGUGUCAUCCAGCUGUCUUCAGCUCUGGUUUACAGCGAACGUAUCCAACAAGUCCCAGUUAUACCCCAAGGCUUUGAACUCCCUGAUAACCUGCCUGUUGUACAUUCUGGAUGGGGUACUACUUCGCAAGGCGGCCUCGCUUCAGCAGUCCUCCGUGACGUACAGAUCUACACAAUCAACCAUGAAAUCUGCGCCGCUCGCUACGCUAGUCUCCUCAUCCCCAGAAGAGUGACUGAGAACAUGAUCUGCGCUGGUCUUCUUGACGUCGGUGGCAAGGACGCCUGCCAGGGUGACUCUGGUGGUCCCCUCUACUACGAUGGCAUCCUCGUUGGUAUUGUCUCCUGGGGCCGUGGAUGUGCUGACGCCGUUUACCCUGGUGUCAGCACCAAGGUCGCCUCCUACACUGACUGGAUCGUCGAAACUGUUACCUCUAUGUAAAUUAUUUUAUUUGUAGGCUCUGAUAUUAUAAGUGUUUUGUUUUCAU